AUGGCUAAGCAUGUUGACGCUCAAUUAUACGUAGGAGAUGUAUAUGAUCUUGCUGCAGAAAUUGGCAAAGAAUUUGAAAAACUUAUUGAUGUAUACGGAACAGAAUUUAUUAGAGAGCUUAUGACUAAAGUAAUAGUGACUCUAGAAUAUUUAGAAUCUAGUACUGUUGUGAUAGAUCGACUUCAAACAGAGCUAAUUGAUAUUAAAUCAAGAGUUCAGCAAUUAGAAUAUGAAAAAUUGGAAAGAGCCGAAUUUCGAAGUAAACUCGACCAAGAACUUGAAGUUAUAGAAGAAAACUGGAGGAAAGAGACAAGUUAUUUAAAUUCUCUUGUUGUUAAACUUCAAGAAGAAAAUAAACGCUUGGGCGUUAUUAUAUCAGAAAAAGAAAAUCAUUCACCAAGUGAUUGCAAAGCAUUCCUGUCAGAUGAAGACCUUGAUGUUGUCAAAAAGCUAAAGGAGUGUGCAGAACAACAGCGGACACAACUACUAAUCAAAGAUAAGGAACUUCUAGAGAAAACAAAUGAGGUUGAUAAGUUGCAGUUGGAAAAUGAAAGGCUGAUAUUGGUUAAUAAAGAAUUGGCUCAUCGCUGCAGGCAUCUACAGAAGCAGAUGUAUAAUUUAGUUGAAGAAAAGUCUGAUUUGCAAGCAAAUAUGCAAAAUCAGCAAAAAGAAUGUUUAGAGCUUCAAGCAAAACUAAAUGUUGCUGUUAAGGAGAAUAUGGAUUUAGCUUCUGUUGAGGAUCAACAAAAUUUAGAUUUGCAGGGAAAACUGAUUAUUAGUUUGGAUGAUCCAAAUCGACCUAGGUUUACCUUAGAUGAGCUUCGACAUAUUCUAUUUGAAAGAAAUGACUUAAAGGCAAAAAUCAGUGAUCUAGAAGAUGAAUUGAGUUUACACAAGCCAAAAAGUAUAUCAAGUUCACUAAGUUCUACUACCUUGUCUGCUGGAAAUGAAGAUGAAGACUUACCUGUUCAAGGACCAAUCAACAAGGAACCUGAUGACAAAUUGUAUCCUGAGAAGAAGAAAUUAGGAAUCCGUAGAUUUUUUCAUUUUCUUCGACGAAUCUCUGUGGAUAGUGCUGUACCACUAGUGCCAUUUUCAGCUUCCCAAACAUCACAUGGCCGAAACUCAUAUAGAAGAUGAUUUUUACUUCACCUUUGCUGUGCCAAGUGGACAAAGUUUGGUAUCCCUGUACUGUAGAUCCUGAGUAAAAGAGAUUGUUUGAUGGAAAGCUUUUGUCUGUGAUUACUUUUGUAAUAAUAGUA